AUGCCGUUCGCUCAGCUGGUCAUAGGGCCGCCGGGCUCGGGGAAGUCGACCUAUUGUGAUGGCAUGCAGCAGUUCAUGGGCGCUAUCGAGCGCAAGUGCUCUGUCGUCAACCUCGACCCCGCCAACGAUCACUGCUCGUAUGAGCCCGAUGUAGAUGUUCGAGAUCUGGUCACGAUAGACGAAAUCAUGGAGCAGGAGUCACUCGGGCCGAACGGAGGCAUUCUCUACGCUUUGGAGGAGCUGGAGCACAACUUCGACUGGCUGGAGGAAGGAUUGAAAGAGCUCGGAGAUGACUACAUUCUCUUUGACUGCCCUGGGCAAGUCGAGCUGUUCACCUCGCACUCGUCGCUGCGUAACAUCUUCUUCCGCCUCCAAAAGCUUGGGUAUCGACUUGUUGUUGUACACCUGACAGACUCGAUCAUCCUUUCUCGGCCAUCGCUAUAUGUCUCGUCAUUGCUCCUCGCCCUGCGCAGCAUGCUGCAGAUGGAUCUACCACACUUAAAUGUCCUCACCAAGAUCGACAACCUGCAAAACUACCCGAACCUGCCGUUUAACCUCGACUUCUACACAGAGGUCCAGGAUCUACAUUACCUCUUACCGCAUCUGAAUCGCGAACAGACCUCGGGCAUACCAGGACCGACGCUAGUGGGAGCAAACGGCGAUGUAGACAUGGACGACGAGGAGCCAACGUCCAAGUUCUCUGCGUUGAACAAGGCAAUCGUCGAGCUCGUGGAGGACUUUGCGUUAGUAGGCUUCGAGACACUGGCGGUCGAGGACAAGAAGAGCAUGAUGACACUGCUGCGAGCCAUAGAUCGUGCCGGUGGCUACGCACUCGGCAGCAUCGAAGGCGCAAACGAGACAGUGUGGUCCAUGGCCAUGCAGCAAGAUGCCGUGACCAUGGACGCGCGUGAUGUCCAGGAAAGAUGGCUGGACAGAAGGGACGAGCUGGACGAGGAAGAGAGGAGGACUUGGGAGAACGAGACAAAAGAGAUGCGCGAUCGACCCGAGUCCGAACUGCCGUCGAUGCCAGCCGCGGGACCAGAACCUAAGGCCAAGGAGCCAGACGGAGACGAGGACGACGAUAUGGAAGACCUGGAGGAAAUGAGGCAGUUUAUGGAGAAGCAGAAGAAAGACGGUGGCAUCAAUAUCGUCAAGAAGUGA